GUGUAACUAAGCAUGUGAAAAAGUAACUAGUACUAUAUAAAUUAGGCAACAAAUAUAUGGGGAAAAAGUUAAAGUUAGUAAAAAUCGAUAGAUCGAUCAAUUAUUCCGGCCACCGGAGGCCAUGGCUUCAACCUUAAGCCUGUCCAAAGCUUUGUUGUUACUUUCAACUUUGAUAUUUCUUUUUCUUCUUCCAUUCCUAUCCCAAAAUAAUAUAACCCAAAACAAGGUUAUCAUACACACUUUGUCUUCUCCUUUUAAUAACAAUAACACCACCAGUACUAUUACUCCUAUUCCUCCUCUUAUCACUUAUCAUCAUAUUUCUAACACCAAUGAUACAAUUCCACCUGACAAGACCAUAAUCAAGAAGAAGAAGAGUAGGUUGGAGAGAAUUGAGUAUGAUUUGGUGAAGGCUAGAGUAGCUAUUCGUCAAGCCAUUACUUCCAAAAGUUUUAAGUCUGAUAAGAAUGAGAGCAUUAUACCAAGAGGUUCCAUAUACAGAAACCCAUAUGCUUUCCAUCAGAGUCAUAUAGAGAUGGUGAAGAGAUUCAAAGUGUGGAGCUAUAAAGAAGGAGAACGGCCAAUAUAUCACAUGGGUCCAAUGAAUAACAUCUAUGCUAUUGAGGGACAGUUCAUAGAAGAAAUAGAGAGUGAAGAGAGCCCUUUCAGGGCUAAACAUCCAGAGGAGGCACACACAUUUUUUAUGCCCAUAAGUGUGGCUAACAUCAUUAAGUUUAUUUAUAGCCCUGUUAUUUACCCAGAUGACUACAAACGAGAUCGCCUCUGUCGAGUUAUGAAUGAUUAUGUUGGUGUUGUGGCUAAUAAGUACCCAUUUUGGAAUACAAGCCACGGUGCUGACCAUUUUAUGCUUUCCUGCCAUGAUUGGGGUCCACAAGUAUCAUAUGAAAAACAACCUCGGCUCUUUAAACACUUCAUGAGAGUUCUAUGCAAUGCCAACAUUUCUGAAGGAUUCGAACCCAAAAGAGAUGUCUCGUUGCCUGAAAUCUAUUUAAGUCAUGGAACUUUAGGUCCACCAAAUUUAGGCCAAGCCCCUCACAGACGCACAAACUUGGCCUUUUUCGCUGGUGGACUCCAUGGAUACAUUAGAGAGAUCUUGUUCCAACAAUGGAAAGACAAAGACAGUGAUAUCCAAGUCUUUGAAAAGGUACCAAAAGAGCUAAACUACACCGAGCUAAUGGGCAAGGCAAAGUAUUGCUUAUGCCCGAGUGGGUACGAAGUAGCUAGCCCAAGAGUAGUCGAGGCAAUCAAUGCAGGGUGUGUCCCAGUUAUUAUCUCGGAUAGUUACUCAUUACCAUUUAGUGAUGUACUUGAUUGGAGUCAAUUUACUGUACAAAUCCCGAUCUCUAAAAUACCUGAAAUCAAGAACAUUUUAAAUGGCAUUCCAAAUGAGAAGUACUUGAGAUUAUAUAAUAAGGUUUCUCAAGUAAAGAAACAUUUUGUGUUAAAUAGACCGGCUCAACCGUUUGAUGUGAUUCACAUGGUGUUGCACUCAAUUUGGUUAAGACGACUUAACUUUAAGAUUGGAUCCCAAAAUAGCUUGUGAUUAAGCUUUAAUUAUUUCAUUAAUUUUUUUGACGUAUUAUUUCAUUAUUUGAUAUGCAACUUUUUAAUAUAUACAUAUACUAGAUAAUGUAU